UGAGGAGAUUCGCAUGCUCACGCUGCUCCCUGUCGAGGCCAUUUUGCAUUUUCGGACUCGGUUCCUAUCGCACAGCACCGACGAUGCGAUGAGCAAGGACGCCUUCUUGUCGAUUCCAGUCGUCGCGAUCAAUCCGCUGCGUGAGCGCCUCUGGAGUCUCUUUGAGCUCACACCAACGGGCGAUGUCGCGUUUCCAGCCUUUGUGGCCGUGAUGGCCGUCUUUACGUACCACAGCUCCAAGGAUGCCAAGCUGCGAGCCUCGUUCAAGCUCCAUGAUUUCGAUGGCGACGGUCGCAUCUCCAAGGCCGACUUGCUCGCGUACUUGUGUCUUGUCGCCGACUCGGGCGACAAGACCGACGAGACGGAAAAGGACCUCGACAUGGUGGUCACGCGCACGAUGGAAGAGGUGUCGAGCGACGGGACGGCCGAGUUUCUAAGCUUUGACGACUUUGCAAGGGUGGUCAACUAG